CAGCAAUGGCGGAGGAGCAUACCAAACAUGAGACAGUAUCGUAAACUCCAUCGUUUGCUCCGAAAUUUCGACCGUGUUAAAGUGAAAGUGCGCCCUCACUUAAAAAAUAAAGAAUGCUAUGAAGUUACACAACACAGGAAAGAAGUAGCCUUUAUGGUGGAGGGAUUACGAGUUAUUUCAAGCGCUAACAAGUUCAAUGUGGAGAACACCUUCACGAACGACGUUUCUUUGAAAGAAUUUCGGGAUCGCUUCGAAAAAGCUAAAAUUCCAGUGGUGGUAAGUGAACGUCAUGAUAAUCAUACUUUGGUGCGAUUGUGCAGCUUCUUCAAGCUAUUUAAAGAUAGAUACUUUGAGUGUGGGGAAGAUAGCGAUGGUUAUUCAAUCGAGAUCAAGUUGAAAGAUUUUUUGAUCUACACGAGACGAUGCAAAGACCGAUUUCCGUUAUACAUUUUUGAUGCUUGGAUACCCCACUGGAAAGGCGCAGCAAGGAAACAAACUGUAGUCAAAAAGUUCUUUCAGACACCCAGGUUUUUCAAACAGGAUUAUUUGGCGUGCCUGAGGAAAGAAGAACGCCCGCCGUGGAAGUGGUUGUUGAUUGGUCCGAAGUAUUCUGGAACGGCAGUUCAUGUUGACCCCCUUGGGACGAGUGCCUGGAACAGACUGUUGUUUGGAGAGAAACUUUGGCUUCUUUUUCCGCCAGAAACACCAGCUGAAAUGCUUAAAUGGAAUCAAAAUGAUUCAUGCUGGGAAGAAGCCGGUGAUUGGUUCAUAAAUAUCUACCCCAAAACACAGUGUAACUCCUGGCCCCAGGAAUACAAACCAUUGGUUACAUUUCAGUAUCCUGGUGAUGUUAUUUUUGUCCCUGCUGGAUGGUGGCAUGUUGUGCUUAAUUUAAAAACUAGUAUAGCAGUGACCCAGAAUUUUGUUAGUAAGGAAAAUUUUACCUUGGCAUGGGAACUGACCUCCAAGGAAAAGCCAGAUCUGGCAUUAAUUUGGUCUAAAGCUCUUUUGAAGAGUACCUCAGCAGGCGUUAAACCAUUUCAAUUGAGUUCUGAUUUGAUUCAAUUGUAGUUAAUG